AUGCAGUCGCUGGGCUGCGACGUGGCCGCGCUGAAUACUGUGCACUUCAGCAACCACACGGGCUACGGGCAGUGGACGGGCACUAAGGUGUCGGCGCAGGAGAUCACGGACCUGUACCGGGGGCUGAAGCUGUCGUACCUCGACGACUUCGACAUGAUGCUGUCGGGCUACGUGCCCGGCGCGCCGGCGCUCGAGGCCGUCGGCCAGAUCGCCGAGGACCUCAAGCGCCACGCAAUCGCCAGGCCCGGCAGCUUUUUCUGGGUGCUGGACCCCGUCAUGGGCGACAACGGUAACCUCUACGUCGCCCAGGAGGUCGUCCCCGUGUACCGCGGCCUGAUCAGGCAUGCCGACCUGAUCCUGCCGAACCAGUUCGAGGCCGAGCUGCUAUCUGAAGUCAAGAUCCAGGACGUGGCGUCUCUGCAAGGCGCCAUCCAGGUCAUACACGAGCGCUACGGCGUGCCGCACAUCGUCAUCACGUCCGUCUCGAUCCCGCACGACGGCCACCCGGCGUCGUCGCUCUCCGUCGUGGGCUCGACCAUGACGUCGGACCGCCGGGCGCGGGCCUUCAAGAUCGUCUUCCCCGCCAUCGACUGCUACUUUAGCGGCACGGGCGACAUGUUUGCGGCGCUGAUGGUCGUGCGCAUGCGCGAGGCCGUGUGGAAGAACCAGCAGCGGCAGCACGGCGGCGGCGGGGCUCCCCUCUCCGAGACCGAAGCGUGGAUCAGCGACGACAGCGUCGACGCCCUCGACCUGCCGCUGGCCAAGGCCACCGAAAAAGUCCUCGCCAGUAUGCACGAGGUGCUCACCAAGACGUGCCAGGCCAUGCAGGCGCAGGUGAGCAAGGCACGCGCGGUGGCGGCGGUGGCGGAACAAGAGACCUCGAACGGGGUGGCGGAUGAAGACGUGGAGAGCAAGGAGAACAAGAAGCUGCGGUCGAUAAAGAGCAGGGCGGCCGAGCUGCGGCUGGUGAGGCACCUGGACAGCCUGCGCCAUCCGAAAGUCGAGUUCCGCGCCGAGAGGAUGUAG